CAGAAAAGAACAAAAUCAGCACCCAUUAUUGAAUACCAACAACACCACUUGGGAUAGAAAUGCUUAAAUGAGUGAUCUGUUUUGCUGUUAGAUCAUAUCAUACAAUUCAAUUCAAUUCAAAAAAGUUACUGAGCAAAAUCAUCAAAUGGCAGAUGCUGUUGUUUCAUUUGUGAUUGAAAGGCUUGGAGACUUGGUGAUUUCUGAAGCUCAAUUCUUGCAUGGAAUUGAAGCCCAAGUGGGGAAUGCACAAAUCAAGCUUCAAUGUAUGAGUGCUUUCUUAAAAGAUGCGGAUGCUUGGGUAACAAAUGGUGAUGGGAGAAUUCGCCUUUUGGUUGUCCAGAUCAGAGAAAAUUCUCUUGACUUGCAGGAUGUUAUUGAGACUUAUGUCCUCAAAGUGACUUUGAAGAAGAAUGAAGGUGUACUCAAAAGAUCUAUUAACAUAUUCAGAGAGGGAAUUAAUGUCCACAAAGUUGGAUCAGAUAUUGAGAGGAUCACAUCCAACAUUGAUACUUGGACUUCAGAAUUAGAAUCACUUGGAGUACAAAGAUCAAUACACAAAGCAGAUGAAGCUUCUUCAAGCAGCUAUGUCCAACAGCAAAGACAGUUGAGGCAAGCUUAUUCUUUUGUUGAAGACAAUGUUGUUGUCGGAUUUGAUAAAGAUAUCCAAGAGUUGGUUGCGCUUUUGACUGAAAAAGAGAACCCUCAUAAGCAUAAGGUGAUCUCUGUAUGUGGGAUGGGUGGUUUGGGCAAAACUACUCUUGCAAGAAAGGUCUAUUAGCAUCCUCAUGUCAAGACUCACUUUGACUGUUAUGCUUGGGCCUCAAUAUCUCAGCAAUGUAAUACACGCAAUGUCUUAGAAGCAGUUUACUUUGCUUUCACUUCUCCCACAGAUGCACAAAGAAAUCACAUAAAAAACUUGAGUGAUGUUGAAUUAGCAAGGGAGCUUUACAACGUUCAGAAACAGAAAAAAUGUUUGGUGGUUCUUGAUGAUAUAUGGACCACAACAACAUGGGAUCUUCUAAAACAUGCAUUCCCUACUACUACUCAAGGAGACACAUUACAUAGCAAAAUCUUACUCACUACUCGAAAUAAGGAUCGACAUGGUUUCAUCCAUGAACCUCAUUUGCUCAAUGAAGAGGACAGCUGGGAGCUGUUUCAUAAAAAGUACUUCUCUGUUGGAGCAGAUCCAUCAAACUCAAAUGAUGAUGAAGAAAGGAAGAAAGAAGUAGCGGUAGAGAUGCUUAGAAAGUGCUCUGGUCUGCCAUUAGCCAUCAUUGUGCUCGCUGGUCUUCUAUCUAAGAAACACACCGUAUAUGAGUGGGAGAAACUUAAAGCAAAUGUAAUUCGCUGGAUAGGUGAAGGUGGUCAACAACAUGAUGAAAACUCAAAAUACCGUAGUGUUCGGGUGGUGUUAGGUUUAAGUUACAGUGAGUUGCCAUCUCAUUUGAAGCCUUGUUUUUUGUACUUGGCUCGUUAUGCUGAAGAUGUCCCGAUAAGAGCAAAAGAGUUAUGUCUUGUGCUCAUAGCAGAAGGUUUUAUAUCGCCAAGAAGAAGCUCUGUGGAAACUUUGGAGGAAGUGGCAUAUGAUUGGUUGUGUGAGUUGGUGGAGAGGAGUAUGAUUCAGGUCAAAGAAAUGAGUUCAACAGAAGAAAGGAUAAAAUCAUUUUGCAUUCAUGAUCUCAUGCGAGACUUGUGUGUGUCUAAAGCCCAAGAAGAAAACUUUCUACAUAUUACUGAUUGGUAUUACUGAUUGGCGGAAUAGAAGGGAAGAGCCAACAGAAACAAAUGUACGAAGAGUUUCCAUCCAUGAUAAGGGAAAUACUGAUGAUAGUGAUUUUAUUCAUAUGUUUAGAAACAUAGAUGGCUCUCUCAGGUGCCUUGCUAUACAUGAUGGAAAAAUUGAAUAUAGUGAAAGAUUAUUGAGACAUGUAUGCAAUCACUUUUUGAAACUAAGGUACCGUUUGGUAACACUUUUGUUUUUUAAUUUUUUAAUCGCAAAAUGAAAGUAAAAUUUUUGUUUUUAAAAAAUUUAUUUUUAAAAAACAAAAAUACGUUCUGUAACUACUUUUGUUUUUCAAUUUUAAAAACGGAAAAUAAAAGUGUGUUCUGUAAAGUUCAUUUUCAUUUUUAUUUUUUGAUUUUAUUUAAGUCGGGUCAAGAUCUGGGGUUGGAUU